AUGAGUAUUGCUUUCUCCACUAUAUUAAAAUAGUGAAGUUGAAUUUAUAUGAGACUGUUGAUGAGUUGAGUUGUCGAACUUUUUUGAAUGCAGGUACAAACUAUAAAGUUAAUUUUUGUGGUGAUAGUUUGUGGGUUUGGUCUUAUCGUUCUCACGAAUCAACUUAUGGUGAAAGCUUCGAAACGUACCCACGUUGUUGGAUGGAUUUGUCUAGUAUUUUCAUUGUGUGUAUUUAUUGCCCCUUUAGGCAUUGUGAGACAAGUUAUACGAACAAAGAGCGUCGAAUAUAUGCCAUUUCUUCUAUCAUUUUUCCUCACAAUUAGCGCUGUUAUGUGGUUCUUCUAUGGUCUACUACUCAGAGAUUUUAUCAUUGCUAUUCCAAAUGUUCUAGGCUUCAGCUUCGGGGUUCUUCAAAUGGUGCUUUAUGUAAUAUACAAAAAUGCUGACAAGGGCGAAAAGAAAAAGCUUCCUGAAAUACCAAAUAAAAUUAUAAUUUUGGAAGAACACAAAGUUCAAGAAUUAACUGAGCAAAUUAUUGACAUUGUUAAUAUCAGUGCACUGUUAAAUUCCGAGAAACUCUCAGUUGUUUCACAGCCAAUUAAUGAUGGAAUUGAAGGCGCACAUGUGCAUCAGAAUUUGCCCAAUGAAGUUGAAGUUAAAAUGUAAAUUGAAGCUCAUGCUCCUUCC